GCUGUAUUUCUACCAGCCAAAUCAUCGCGUCCAGCUUUCCCACGAUUAUCUGCCUUCACCAUGUUCAAAUCCAUUCGUCUACUUCGUCCUGUAACGCGCAUUCAGCCCAUCUUCAACUCGAGAUGGCUCAAUACCUCGGCUGUAUCGGCCGAAAAAGACGUUUACUUGGAAAUGCUCGAUGGCUCUUCUAAAGGCAUUGCUGUUCUUAACCUCAACCGUCCCAAAGCCAAAAAUGCUAUCUCGGUCAAGUUUCUACAAGAGUUCAGGGAAGCACUUAAAGAAGCUAGAUUUUCUAGUGAGGUACCUCGAGUGUUGAUCCUGAAUAGCUUGGUGGAUGGAGUAUUCUGCGCCGGCGCAGACUUGAAGGAACGUGCGGGGAUGUCGCCACCACAGGUCACCGAAUUCCUAUAUAAUUUGAGACAGGCGUAUAGAGAACUGGAGACUUUGCCCAUCCCAACCAUAGCUGUGAUCGACGGAGCUGCUUUAGGCGGAGGUUUAGAAAUGGCAUUGUCAUGCGAUUUAAGAGUUGCUGGCGCCAAGGCAAAGAUUGGAUUACCAGAGACUAGAUUAGCUAUCAUUCCGGGUGCAGGCGGUACCCAGCGCCUUCCUCGUUUGAUUGGUUCAGCCAAAGCGAAAGAGUUGAUCUUUACCAGUGCGACCCUUACUGCUCAAGGCGCCUUUGAAUGCGGUAUUGUAAAUUACGCAACAGAAGAAAGUUCUUACCCAAAAGCAUUGUCACUGGCUGAGAGCAUGCUUCCUCAGGGUCCUAUUGCUAUGCGCAUGGCCAAGAUGGCCAUUGACAAAGGUCUUCAAGCAGACAUUGAUACUGGCCUAGAAAUUGAACAAGCCUAUUAUGCUCAAGUCAUACCUACUGAGGAUAGAAUGGAAGGUUUGAUGGCAUUCCGCGAAAAACGUGCGCCAGUUUACAAAGGAAAAUAGACCCAAAAAAUUGUUAUUUAAUAAAAUAUCAAAGGCGUUCACCUUUAUUGAUGCUCCCCUUCUGGCCAAAUUUGAAGUAUGUUGCUGUAUGAAUAGACAUUGCACAGGUUUCAAGAUUGCCACUGUUAAUUUCCAAUCGACCGGACUGCUAUUUGUGGAAGCCAGCCACCUCUUCAAAUUCCCUCUCCGAAGCCAGACACCACCUGCUGCAUUGUAUGAACAAGGACGAGGGCGAUUCGUCAACUUCCAACCACUUGCCCCCAAUUGAACAGCAAAAAGUCUCCUCCUCAUCAAACUUACGAAAGCAUAGAAUGAGCGAUACCCACUGGGACGUGAAUGGUGAUGGUAAGCGGGAAUUUCCCACUUUGCAACGCAACUACCGCUAGCGGAAAG